AUGUCAAGAGAAGAUAUUGAUACAAAAAGAUUAUUUUCUCUAUUGGAUCAAUUAGUUGGUGAAAUACCAUUUGAUCUAUUCCAUGUUAAAACAAUUAGAUCAUUUAGAAUAGAUGUAAAUAAAUUGGCAAAUACAAUGAUAGAUGUCAAACAUUAUUUUAGUAAAUUUGAUAUUGAAAAUUGUAUUAAUAGAAAUCAAUCAAGUAGAGAUUUGGUAUUGUUAGAUACAAUAGAGUUUAUAGAAGAGGUUGUCAAAAUAUCAAAACAAUUCUUUCAUUCAACUUUAAAAUUGGUUCAAAUGUUAAGAAAUUAUAAUAUCAAUCAUCUAUAUAUCAUUGCAGAGUAUUCAAUCUAUCUUUUACAAAUAGAGAUUAAUACAUUUAGAUUUCUAUCCAAUUUAUUUUUAAUAAUCAAAAAGAAAGAUAAAGAGAAGAACAAAAACCAAGUGUUGUUGGAAUAUGAUCAAAAUUGGAAUAUUGAUCCUCAAAUUGAUGAAUUUACUUGUUUGGUUCAACAACAACAACAACAAGACAGAGACAAUACUAGUAUUGAACCAGUACAAAUUGGAAUAUUAGAAUUAUUUCAAGUAUCAAAUACACUUUUAAACAUUGAAAUUAAAAGAAUAGUAGAUUUAUAUAUUUGA